AUGGCAGAGGCUAUUGUUUCUGUUACAGUGCAGAAGCUAGGGGAGUUGCUCUUGGAACAACCGCUGUUCUUUUUUGGUAUAGGUGACCAGAUGAAGCAGCUGCAAGACGAACUGAAGCGUUUGAGGUGUUUCUUGCAAGAUGCAGAUGAGAAGCAGCACAAAAGCGAGAGAGUGCGUAACUGGGUUGCAGGCAUUAGAGAAGCUGCUUAUGAUGCAGAGGAUGUCCUCGAGGCAUUCUUCCUCAAGGCAGAACCAAAGAAAGAAAAAGGGAUCAAAAAGGUGUUUAGGAGGCUUGCUUGCAGGCUUUCACAUCGUAAUGUUGUCUCGGAGAUUAGAGAGAUCACCUCCAGGCUUUCUAAGAUAGCAGCAAGCAUGCGAGACUAUGGUAUUAAAGAAGCAAUGGACGAAGAAGGUUUGAGUUUGUCUAAUAGUCAAAGAGAACAGAGGCAGUCGUUUCCAUAUGCCGUUGAGCACAAUCUUGUUGGUUUAGAGAAGAGUCUUGAGAAGUUAGUGAAUGAUUUAGUCUCCGGUGGUGAGAAACUUAGGGUCAUGUCCAUUUGCGGAAUGGGUGGUUUGGGGAAAACAACUCUAGCCAAGCAGAUCUUCCAUCACCGUACAGUGAGGCGUCAUUUCGAUAGGUUUGCUUGGGUAUAUGUUUCUCAAGAGUUUAGACGGAGGCAUGUUUGGCAAGAGAUUCUUUUAAACCUCAGCUAUAAAGAUGAGAACCAGAGGAUACUUGGCUUGAGAGAUGAACAGCUUGGAGAAGAGUUGCAUCGUUUCUUGAAAAGGAGUAAAUGCCUCGUUGUGCUUGAUGAUAUCUGGGGCACUCAUGCUUGGGAUUGUCUGAAACAAGUCUUUCCACAUGAAACAGGAAGCAACAUAAUACUCACCACGCGGAACAAAGAGGUUGCUUUAUAUGCUGAUCCGAGAGGUGUACUUCAUGAGCCGAAAUUGCUAUCAUAUGAAGAGAGUUGGGAGCUUCUGGAGAAAAUUUCAUUAGGGGGACGAGAGAAUUUAGAGCCAAUGUUGGUCAAGAAACUGGAGGAGAUUGGGAAGCAGAUGGUCAUAAGGUGUGGAGGUUUACCACUAGCUAUAACAGUUCUAGGAGGACUUUUGGCGAUGAAAAGUACGUUGAAUGAGUGGCAAAGAGUGCAAGAGAACAUCAAAUCAUAUGUUUCAAAUGGAGGUACUUGCAGUGGAAGUAAGAACAUGAUGGUUGCAGAUGUUUUGUCCUUGAGUUAUGAGGACUUGCCUCCCCAUUUAAAGCAGUGUUUCCUAUACUUUGCUCACUAUCCUGAAGAUUAUGAGGUUCAUGUGGGAACGUUGGUUAGUUACUGGAUCGCUGAAGGAAUGGUUUUGCCUGUAAAACACACGGAAACUGAGAUGGCUGUUGAAGAUAUUGGGCAAGAUUACGUUGAAGAGUUAGUAAAGAGAAGCAUGGUGAUGGUUGGAAACAGGGACAUUGUAACCUCGGAUGUUAUGACUUGUCGUAUGCAUGACCUAAUGAGGGAGGUUUGUUUACAGAAAGCAGAACAAGAAAGCUUUGUGCAAGUUAUUGAUUCAAGGCAACAAGAUGAAGCUGAGGCGUUCCCGUCUCUCUUGACGAAUGCAUCACGUAGAAUCUCUGUACAACUGCAUGGUGGUGCUGAGGAACACCGGAUCGAGAGACUUUCUCAGGUGAACAAUGUAAAUCCUCGGUCUAGGUCUCUUGUGUAUUUCAUGAAAAACCAAGGAAGUCAAUGGGAACUUGUGGGGAAAGUUUCCUUCAGAAAGAUGAAACUCCUUAGGGUUCUUGAUCUUGAAGGAGCUCAAAUCGAGGGAGGGAAGUUACCAGAUGAUGUUGGAGACCUCAUCCAUUUAAGAAACUUUAGUUUGAGACUGACAAAUGUGAAGGAGGUUACAUCAUCUAUUGGGAACUUAAAGCUGAUGAUUACUCUAGACUUGUUCGUCAAGGGGAAACUCUAUAUUCCAAACGUGAUAUGGAAGCUACGAAGGCUGAGACAUCUUUGUCUGCCUUCGGAUCUUGAUCCAAGGACGAAGCUUGACUUGAGUACUUUGAGAAACCUGCAACAACUUUGGGACUUCCCUGUUGGACAAGGCAAUCCAAGGGAUCUUCUGGUAAUGACCAGUCUCCGAAGAUUGUCGAUCAAUCUUUCCUCGCAGAACACAGACUUCCAGGUGGUGUCUUCUCUGAUUACAGUUUUGAAACGUCUCCGUGGCUUGACGAUAAACGUUCCCUGCGAACCUAUGCUUCCACCAGUUGAUGUAACACAGUUGGUUUCUGCAUUUGCUAAUCUCUCUGAGCUGGAACUGUUCCUUAAACUAGAAAAGCUCCCUGUCGAACAGAGCUUCUCCUCUGAUCUCGGUGCCUUGCGUUUGUGGCAAUGCGGAUUAGUCGAUGAUCCAUUUCUGGUGCUUGAGAAGCUUCCAAACUUAAAGAUUCUUCAACUGUUUGAAGGAUCAUUUAUUGGUAGUAAACUUCAUUGUUCCAGAAAUGGUUUCCCUCAACUGUAUUCUUUGACAUUGUCUCAACUUGAGAAUCUAGAAGAGUGGACUGUGGAAGAUGGUGCCAUGAUGCGUCUUGUCUCUUUGGAGUUGAAGUGUUGUAAGAGAUUGAAGUUGCUUCCUGAAGGAAUGAGAUUCUUGAAGAAUCUACAAGAAGUGGAAAUCGGGAACAUGACAAAAGCAUUUAAAGAUAGGCUGGUCUCUGGUGGUGAAGAUUUCUACAAGAUUCAACAUGUGGCUUGUGUCGUUUUUGAGUAUUGCGACCUUUGA